UGCUGCUUCCUCGGGAACAUAAACGUUACAACUUCGCUAACUGCCAAGACUCCUCAAAUAAAACCGUAAAGUUACGUUUUUACUUUUAUAUUAACUUUACUUCAGACGUCCAUCGGUUUUUUUUUAUGUAACUGGCAGUUUACAGUGCUAUUUACCGUCCGCGGUUCCGGAAUUGUAUUGAUGCUAACGGUAGCUAGCUUGUCAGUUAGCCGACAUUAUCAUUUGUUUGUAAUCUGUCGGCAUUUAUUUAGACAGAAACAUGUCUGCGGAGCGGAGCACAAGCUGGAUACUGGCAGGCGCUACUGUCGCUUGUGUCACCGCUUUGUAUGUGCCCUGUGUGCAGAGGACUGUCCCCGGAGGAGACUCAGGAGAGCUGAUCACCACUGCUUGUGAGCUGGGGGUGGCCCAUCCUCCAGGAUACCCUCUCUUUACCCUGCUGGCUCGCCUGGCGAUGUGUCUCUUGCCCUCACUCUCUCCAGCCCACAGUGUCAACCUGAUGAGUAGCCUGCUGGGGGCUGCAGCUUGCGGCGCCCUCUGCAUAACUGUCUGCAGGUUGGCAGGCCCCGGCCCUGGAGCAGUACUGGCUGGGGGGCUGUUCGCUGUGUCCAGGCUGGGCUGGCAGUGGUCCAUGGUGGCAGAGGUCUUCACCCUCAACAACCUUUUUGUCGGUCUGCUCUUCUUCUUGACUGCCAGCUUCCACUGUGCUGAAAACGCCACCCAGAGGGGGAAGAUUGCACACUGGGGAGCCCUGUGCUGUGGCCUGGGGCUCUGUAACCAGCACACCCUGGUGCUGUAUGUAUUAGUCAUCAUUCCCUGGGUCCUUCAUCGACUUUACUCUCUCAGGGAGCUGUCUUUGCGUGGCCUUGUCUCUCUGGGAGUGUGUUUCCUGGCUGGGUUUCUGCCAUACAUCUACCUGCCCAUCUCCUCCUACCUCAAUACAGCCCGCUGGAGCUGGGGGGAUCAGACUUCCCUGCCAGGCCUGCUCACCCACUUGCUGAGGGCUGAAUAUGGCACCUUCAGUCUGGCAAAGACAGAGAGCUCUGUAAACCUGACCUCAAUGCUAAAGGCCCAGUUGGACCACUGCCUGGAAGACCUCUCGCUUCCUGUGCUGGUGCUGGCAGGAAUAGGCCUUCUCCUCUCAUCAUGGGACAGGACGUGUCGCUCAGUGUCCUGGCUGUUGGCGGCCAUGCUGGUGGUCUACUCGCUCUUUUUUGCUUGGAGAGCCAACCUGGACAUCAGCAGACCCCUUCUGCUCGGAGUGGUUGAGCGUUUCUGGCUGCAGAGUGAUGCUGCGGUGUGUGUGCUGGCAGGCCUCGGCUUGAGCCGGACACACAGUGAGCUGGAGAGGAGGCUGGGCUGUGGGGGGGUGUGGAAGACCACAGGCUGGGUCCUCACCAUGGCUCUGCUGGCACAUAUGGUGCACACCAAUCACAGGGAGUGCGAUCAGAGCAGAAACAGUGUGGUUGAGAGGUUCGGCAGGGAGCUUCUGGCCUCCGUCCCAGCAGAUUCAAUCAUCCUGACCAGAGGAGAUCUGCCCGGAAACUCCCUACGCUACUUAUACUACUGCCAGGGUGUACGGCCCGACGCACGUCUGGUUGACCAGGAGAUGAUGACAUAUGCUUGGUAUGUAGCCAAGCUGGCGCAGCACCACCCGGGGGUUCACUUUCCUGGCCGCUGGUGGGACCCAGUCCACCCUGAGGAGAAAGACACCUUCAGUCUGGAGCAGUUUCUGUCCCACAACACACAGAGGCAUGUGUUCACCUGCAUUGGGCUGCCUGAUGGAGACUCAAGCUGGGAGCAGAGUUUCUCUCGUUGGCCGAUGGGUGUGUGUGACUACUUGGUGCCAGUUCAGAGGCAUUUUAACCCUGAGAGGUGGGCCCAGCGAACUCGCAACAUCUACAACUGGAGUGAACCACACAACAGUUUCCAUCCUGCGUCCUGGGAGCGUGUUGCUAAUGAGGAGAUGUGGCAAGCCAGGAUGAAGACGGCUUUCUUUCUGUUUGACCUGGCAGAAAGGAUGCAGGGAGAGGGGAAAGCUCGCCUCUUUGAGCUGUCUUACACUCUGUAUAAGGAGAUUGUGGAGGCCCACUCAGACUACCCUCCAAACUGGGAUAAGAACUUGGCACUGGCCUGCGAGAGGCUGCUCCGCUCAGGUCAUCGGGGCUACAGUCCAGACAGCCUGCUGACCUGCAGCACCCAGCACUUUAGUCUCUACUUAGAGAAGGAACCCACAGAUCCCCAGGAGCCCGCCAUACGCUCGGCCAUUGCUCACCUGCUCAAAGAGAGAGGUGAGCUCCGCCAGAGACGGAGGCCAACCCCAUGACAAGAUCCAGAGACCUACAUGGAGCUGAGAGUGUGCUGCGAGCCCAGCCAAAGUACAAGGUGCUGGGGACGAAGUCUGAGACAGUGGGCUUUUUUACAGGCAGUGCUCCAGAAGGAUACAAUGUUGCUUAGUUAAAGUUUUGGCGAAAUUGGACUUGAGAGUUAAGAGGAAUGGUGAUACAGAAGUACUGAUACUUGGUUACCAAGCAGAACACAAAGGACAGAGAUCUACCACUCAGCAGUGCUUCAUUGGAUGGACGUUUACAGUCGACCAGGGUCAGAGCUUGACUUUAGGGAGCCUUGACUGACCCCAAUCAAACUGUGCAUGCUCCCUUAAAAUCCCCCAUUCUAUUGUUUUAUCAUUACAUCUUGCUCUUUUUUCCCUCUCCUCUUCUGCUCUCACAGCUUUUAACGUUCUGAUUAUUUUGCCUCAGCCACUGUUCCACUUCUCUUUUUCUCACAUUAGGAUGGCAAGGCCGAGAUUGAGGGAAAACCAAUUUGGGGGCAGAAAUGGGGGAUUAGAGCGGCUGUUUAAUCUAGGACAGACUUGUGCUGUGCCACACAGUCCUCACUCCGCAUAACCAGCACUACCCACCCACCCACCGCUCUAUCCUUCCAUCAGUCUAUCUUAGAUGGUCCUUUAAAUGUUUAAAACUAAUGGAUUCGAUGAGUGUUUUUUUUUUUUUUUUUUAACGGGACGCCUAUAAUCCCUCGUGGAUUUAAAUGAAAUGUGAAAUGUCACAAUGCCAGGGACCCUUUUAGAGGUGCGUUUCUGUGUGCAUUUGCAUGUUGACAUGUGUGUGUGAACACGCUUAAAUCUCCACCCAAGCCUUUUCUCUCCCGGAAUAGUCGAUAAACAGAUCGGCACACUGAAAAGCACUACAAUCAUCAUACAAAGUCAUGCAAAGUCCAGGGACACACGUAAACAUGCAGGACCAUCAGCCUCCCAGGACUUUUAGUUUAGUAAGGGGUGCUGGAGAGACAGCAUAGCAUACAAACACAGCAAGUGGACCAGAGUCACUUGUCUUUCGCGUGUGUUCAGAGUCUGAAAUGUCACACUGUUUUUUGGUAAACGCUGAUUCCAUAUGCAUAUUUUUGCACAAAGUCAAAACGGUCUAUUACUUUAAAGUUUAUAAAACACUGUGGGAGGAAUAAUCUGUUUAAGACAACACUAGAAAGCAAAAGACAGUAAGUGCAGUUUUCUCAGAAUGUAAUCUGCCCUCUCUGUUCGCAGGCCUGGCUAGCGGCUGUCAGCUGGCUGGAUGAUGAGAUUCGACCUGCUGUAAGCACAGAUGGUUUGGUUUCUCAGAAGAAAAAAGGGAAAACU